GCUGCAGAGAAUUUCAGCUGCUUCAUCAUGGACAGCGAUUUCAUGAACUGCUCGUGGACAAGGGGCAGGGAGGCCCCGGACGACGUCCAAUACUUCUUCUACAUCCGAGACGUAAAGGGAGAGGUGGAACGAGAAUGCCCACACUACAUAAAGGAUUCCGGAACUCACGUUGGAUGUUACGUCGAGGAUCUUACUGGAAUACCAUUUGACAUUUACUUCCUGGUCAACGGAACCAGCCAAGCAGUGGGAAUCCCGUUCUUUGACAAGAUUUCAUCACAGUUUGAAAUGAUGAGGUAUAGUCCACCAGUGAACAUCACCGCAACCUGUAACCACACGCACUGUCUCCUCACGUGGGAGCGGCCCAGGACCCAGCACCAUAUGUCUGUUUGGGAGCAGAAAUAUGAGCUGGACAUACAACAAAAGAUUUUUGUGUCUGGAGGCUGGGGGAAUAAGCACAACUUUCCAAUCAACCCCAGAGCGAGGUACACUGUGAGAAUCAGAAGUGGAAAGUCACGGAUGAGUACGUGGGGGCCCUGGAGUGAGCCUGUGGUCUUUGGUUUCGACAAUCAAGGAGUCAGCCCCGCCUAUGUCUACGUGCUGGUGGUCCUGGGGACGGUCCUUGGGACUCUUGUCAUCGGGUUUCUUUGUAAAAGGUUCCUGGUGAUACAGAGUUUAUUCCCUCGGAUUCCGAAGAUCAAAGAUAAACUAAGUGACAGCCAGCAAACCAACCUGCAGAUCAAUUGGGGCGCCCUCAUGCCAACCGCAGGCAAAGCAGAGAACGAGGAAGUUCUCAAGAUUCAAGAAGACGACAGCACACAGUAUUACUGCUGGUUUCCAAAUAUCAAGCUGCAACAUGGUGCCGAGAUCACCAUCAACGUGACUUCUGAUGGCAAUGAAUAUAAUAAGAUCCUGAAACUGGAUAAUCCAGGCAAUGCAAAUACAAGCGCCAGAAAUCUCUCGUGUGUCAUCUACAACAUUAACUUCAUGAACUGUAGCUGGCUGCCUGGCCCGGCAGCGCCCGCCAAUGUUAAAUACCACCUCAAUGUCUGGACCAGGUUGGAAGAUGGGGACGACAUUACCGAAUGUCCCCACUACAUCUAUGACCAGGCCGGCAUAAACGUGGGCUGUCAUUUUGAGCAACUGUCUGAGCUGCGUGGCACACAGUUCUUCUUCCUACUGAAUGGGACCAGCGAGGAGAUGUCUAUCCCGUUCCGAGAGUUCUUUCCUUUUGCACUCAGUAACAUAGGGAUUGUCAAUGUGAAGACAGGCUUUGAUUCUGUGAUGUUUGAGGUACGCUUAGAGUCCCCCAGACUUCAUACAACCAGCAUCCAAGAAGUAGCCCCCAGUGCCCACGUGCAUCUGGACCCAGGUGGGAGGCCACCCGGAGGAGACCUCUACGAACGCGACAGCAGUGAUCAUUCCAGCUGUGGGGGCGGCGGUCAUUCUCACCCUGGUCCUGAUGAUGCUCCUCACAAGAUCCCCUGGGAAGAGGUCCACUCAUACAUAGACAUCCAAGAACCUGAAUUCGUCAUCGUGGAGGAAAUGGAGUAG